GGGACAGGAGAGAUGGAAGAUGAAAUGAAAAUGGAGAGUCAAAACCUUGAUCCAGACCAGGGCUCUUGCUCUGUGACAGAUGAGUUAAGUCAUCAGCUCUUGAGCCAAGAAGCCCCUUCUCCAAAACUGUCUGUGAUUGAAUUGAGCAAGGAGCUAGACUCCAAGAGUGAUCUGAUCGAUGACAAGGAGUUUGAUAUUCCCCAGGUUGAUACUCCUCCAACACUGGAAAGUAUUUUAAAUGAGACAGAUGAUGAAGAGGAGCCUUUUGUUCUUGAAGACCCUUGUCUUCUAAACAUUGAUAAUAUUGACACCCACUCAUACGAUACCUCUUCUGUUGCUAGCUCCGACAGUGGGGAUAGGACUCACUUGAAAAGGAAGAAGAAACUUCAUGAUUCUUUCACUGUCCACGGCUCAGUUAUACGGCUGUCACUUUUGAAAGGCAUUUCUGCACAAAUAGCAUCUGCAGCAGCCAAAGUGGAUGCUGGCUUACCCACUGCAAUAGCAGCAUCAAGCCUCAUAGCAGUAGGAACGUCCCAUGGCUUAGCACUGAUAUUUGAUCCCAACCAGGCUCUUCGGCUUUGUUUGGGCAGUACCGCAGUUGGAGCACAGUAUGGAGCCAUAUCUGCUCUUAGUAUCAACAACGAUUGUUCAAGACUUCUGUGUGGUUUUGCAAAAGGACAGAUUACAAUGUGGGAUCUAGCCAGUGGAAAGCUGUUGAGAUCAAUAACAGAUGCUCAUCCUCCAGGAACAGCGAUAUUGCACAUUAAGUUUACAGAUGACCCAACUCUUGCAAUUUGCAAUGACAGUGGAGGUUCAGUUUUUGAGCUAUCAUUCAAGAGAGUUAUGGGAGUGCGAACGUGCGAGUCACGCUGUCUGUUCAGUGGUUCCAAAGGAGAAGUUUGCUGUAUUGAGCCGUUGCAUGCAAAGACUGAACUGAGAGACCAUCCUAUUACCCAAUACUCUCUGCUGGCAAUGGCUUCCUUAACAAAGAUUCUUGUCAUUGGGUUGAAACCAUCUUUGAAGGUGUGGAUGACUUUUCCAUAUGGCCGUAUGGACCCAUCUAGUGUUCCGCUGCUGGCUUGGCAUUUUGUUGCAGUGCAGACAUCUGUGAAUCCUGUGCUUGCCUUCUGUCGAGGAGAUGUUGUCCACUUCCUUCUAGUAAAGAGAGAUGAAUCUGGAGCAAUUCACGUUACAAAGCAGAAGCAACUGCACCUGCAUUAUGAUCUCAUCAAUUUUACUUGGAUAAAUUCUCGCACGGUUGUGCUUCUGGAUAGUGUGGAAAAGCUGCACGUGAUAGAUCGCCAGACACAAGAGGAGCUUGAGACUGUGGAGAUUUCUGAGGUUCAGUUAGUUUACAACAGCAGCCACUUCAAAUCACUGGCAACAGGAGGCAAUGUCAGCCAAGCACUGGCAUUGGUGGGGGAGAAGGCUUGCUACCAGUCAAUCAGCAACUGUGGUGGUCAGAUCUUUUAUUUAGGUACAAAGUCUGUUCAUGUGAUGACGUUGAGGAGCUGGAGAGAACGAAUAGAUCAUCUUCUGAAGCAAGAGUGCCUUAAUGAAGCUUUGGCACUUGCUUGGUCCUUUCAUGAAGGGAAAGCCAAGGCUGUUGUGGGUUUGUCUGGGGAUGAGCCCAAACGAAAGGCUGUUGUUGCUGACAGAAUGGUUGAAAUCCUUAUUCAUUAUGCUGACCGAACUAUGAAAAAAUGUCCUGACCAGGGUAAAAUCCAAGUGAUGGAGCAAUACUUCCAGGAUAUGGUGCCUGUCAUUGUUGACUACUGCCUUCUGCUUCAGCGAAUGGACCUGUUGUUUAGUCAGAUGUAUGACAAAAUGAGUGAAAAUUCUGUGGCAAAAGGUGUCUUUCUGGAAUGUCUUGAGCCAUACAUUUUAAGUGAUAAAUUGGUGGGAAUAACAGCUCAAAUUAUGAAAGACUUGCUUCUUCAUUUCCAAGAUAAAAAUUUAAUGGCAGACAUGGAGGCUUGCAUUGUACAUAUGGACAUCACCAGCCUAGACAUUCAGCAGGUUGUCCUCAUGUGUUGGGAAAAUCACCUUUAUGAUGCUAUGAUCUAUGUCUACAACAGUGGAAUGAAUGAUUUUAUUACUCCCAUGGAGAAAUUAUUCAAGGUCAUCGCUCCUCCACUUGCUGCUGGCAAAUCUCUCUCAGAUGAGCAGGUGAUUAUGGGCAACAAGCUUCUUGUUUAUAUCAGUUGCAGUUUGGCAGGUCGGGCUUAUCCAUUAGGCAAUAUUCCUGAGGAUCUGGUGCCCUUGGUUAAAAACCAGGUCUUUGAAUUUCUUAUUCAUUUGCACUCGGCUGAAGCACCAGUAGAUGAAGAAGUUUACCCCUAUGUACGCACACUGUUACACUUUGAUACUCGGGAGUUUCUGAAUGUGCUGGCAUUGACAUUUGAAGACUUUAAGAAUGACAAGCAAGCUGUGGAGUAUCAACAAAGAAUUGUGGACAUCCUUCUCAAGGUUAUGGUAGAGAACUCUGAUUUUACCCCAUCACAAGUCGGAUGCCUCUUCACUUUCCUUGCCCGGCAGCUUGCUAAGCCCAACAACACGCUGUUUGUGAACAGGACACUAUUUGACCAGGUCCUUGAAUUUCUCUGCAGUCCUGAUGAUGAUUCACGGCACUCUGAAAGGCAGCAGGUUCUUCUAGAAUUGCUCCAAGCUGGAGGCAUAGUACAGUUUGAAGAGAGCAGACUCAUUCAAAUGGCAGAGAAAGCAGAAUUCUACCAAAUUUGUGAAUUUAUGUAUGAACGUGAACACUGCUAUGACAAAAUCAUUGAUUGUUAUUUGCGUGAUCCAUUGAGAAAGGAAGAAGUUUUCGGCUAUAUCCAUAAUAUACUCUCCAUUCCUGGGUAUAGUACUGAAGAAAAACAGUCUGUGUGGCAAAAAGCUAUGAAACACGUUGAGGAGCUGCUAUCAGUGAGUCCAUCUAAAGCAGCAGAUCUGAUUUCCGUUCACUUCAGUGACCAGAUGGAACAAAUCAUUCAGAACUUGCAGGAUCAAUGUUUGCUUUUCCAGUUCUUGAAGAGCCUACUUGACCCAAGGGAAGGUAUCAAUCAAGACUUGCUUCAGAUCCCUCCCUCUGUUACCGAACAGUUUAUUGAGUUGCUUUGUCAGUAUGAGCCUGACCAGGUUUUAGAGACUUUACAGUUCCUGGAGGUCUACAGGCUGGAAGAGACAAUUCAGGCUGUCCAGAAAUAUCAGCUGCAUGAAGCUUCUUCCUAUCUGUUUGAGAAGAAAGGAGAUAUUCACGGUGCCUUUUUAGUUAUGCUUGAGUGGCUACAAAGUAAGCUGUUGACACUUACACAUGAGGAUGAAAAAUCAACUGAAGUUCCUUCCUUAAAGAAUAUUGAAGAUACCUUAGCAAAAACAAUUGCACUUUGCCAGAGGAAUUCACACAAUUUAGAUCAACAGCAGCGAGAGGCACUGUGGUUUCCACUGCUAGAAGCUAUGAUGUCCCCACAAAGGUUAUCUAAUUCUACUGUGCUGUGCCUUUAUUCUGACUUCUUGAAGAACUUGACGAUGCAAGUGCUGAACAACAUGGCAGCUUUCAUUGCCCUACCAUUGAUCUUGCAGAGAAUUCUACAGGAUCCAGUCUAUGGUAGAGGAAAACUUGGAGAAAUUCAGGGUCUUGUAUUGGGCAUGCUGGAUAGCUUUAACUAUGAGCAAACUCUUCUUGAGACCACAACUAACCUACUCAAUCGUGACCUCCACUGGUCUUUACGUAAUCUGAGAGCAUCUAUGGCUAGAGGUCUCAACCCCAAGCAAGAUUACUGCUGUAUUUGUCUUCAGCAGUAUAAAAGAAGACAAGAAAGUGCUGACCAAAUAAUUGUCUUCAGCUGUGGUCACUUAUACCACUCUCUCUGUCUCCUGAGUAAGGACUGUGGUAUUGACUCAAAGGAACAGAUGAGAUGGACUUGUUUUAAAUGUAAUGCAAGUAACAGAAGUGGGAAACUCAGUGAGACUUCCUCAGAGAUGAAGAAGGGGACCACAGGAUCUCUGGCACAGACCAGUUCAGAGUCCCUGUUGGAUCCCCAGCAAGCUCAAGCUUUUGACCAGCUCUGUCGUCUGUAUCGAGGAACCUCCAGGCUGGCUCUUCUGACUGAACUCUCUCGAGAUCGUGGUGGCGAAAAACAUGGACACCUCCAUGUCUCCCAGGGUGAUGCUGCUCUGAACAGUGUCUUCCAGAAUGAGACUUUCCAGCUUCACCUCACUCCUCCUCCCCUUCUGGAUGAGUAAUCUGUUUGCUAGCAUUCCAGAGCAGUAGUAAAGAAAUGUAAGAAGUACGUGACAGUACUUU